ACAACAAACAUAUACCGGUAUCGGUACAUUUUUUUCGAUGAUUGAAAUCAGCCGGAGGUGUAAACAGUGUUAUAUGAAUUCGUAUUGUAACGUUAGCAAUGUUAAUCGCAUGCAGAAUCUUUAUCAAUAUAAUGAGUACAUGGAAAUUAUUACAGCGUCGGUGUUACGAUUUACUUUCAUAUAAAUAUUCGCUGUUAGUGAUAUUGACAGCAUUUACUUGCAUAUUUAUCGGCAUUGUUCAUUUUGGAGAGAUGUGGAUAACAUGGAGUAAAGAGAAAUACGAAGCAGUGUUCCAUUCUUUCAAUGAUAAUAUAUUAGGUAUCUCUUUCCAAAAAAAAUUAUGCCAACAUGUUCCAAUAGAUGUUGUAUAUACGUGGGUCAAUGGGUCAGAUCCAGUCUUCUUAAAAAAUCUUAAAGAACAUGUUCCUAUCAUGGACGUUAACACAGCUGCUUCCAGAUUUAGUGAUAAAGAUGAAUUAAGAUAUUCAUUACGUUCAUUGGAAAUGUAUGCACCCUGGGUGAGACACGUGUAUAUUGUUACAAAUGGUCAAAUACCGAAUUGGUUAGAUAUGGAUAAUCCUAAAGUUACACUUAUUACUCAUGAAGAUAUAUUUUUAAAUAAAAGUGAUCUUCCAACAUUUUCUAGUCCAGCUAUUGAAAGUCAUAUUCAUAGAAUUCCUGGAAUUUCAGAUAAAUUUUUAUAUUUUAAUGAUGAUGUAAUGCUAGGAGCAGAAGUGUGGCCAGAAGAUUUUAUUACACAAGAAAGUGGCCAAAAAGUGUAUCUUGCGUGGUGGGUUCCUGAUUGUUCGGAUGUUUGUCCUUGGGCCUGGGUGGGUGAUGGAUCAUGUGAUUCUGCUUGUAAUACAACAUUAUGUGAAUUUGAUGGAGGAGAUUGCGAUAACACACCAGUUCCUACUGACAGUGAAGCUCUUGAGGAAGAGGAAGACUAUCCACACAAACUUUUACAAGAUCCUCUAGAAGAUACUAACUAUGGAUUAAAAUUUUUAAAUAUCUUUAGAAACAGGAGUAUAAGUACAAUGUGGAAUGAUACACAAUUGUCUAUUCAACAAACAUUCCCAAACACAGUCACAAAUCUAAAGAUGCAUGUAAAUAAAUCAAAUUUCAAAAAUAAUAAUUACGUGAGUUCCAUUGAAAGAUAUUUUAAUGAACAAUUGUAUGAAAAUGAUCAAACCGUGCCAACCCAAAAAUCGAUGAUAUCAAAAAUGAUAAAUAAGAUAAGACAUCAAACAUUGAACGUUACUGAGAGACGUCUGCAAUUGAAACGUUAUUUAAAUGAUGAUAUCAUGAACUUACCACAAGUUAGUAGUACCACAAAAGCUAAUCAUAAACCGACUCAUUCUGAUCAAUGGAAACUUCGAACAAGACAACUUGAUACGUAUGCCGAAUCUUUGCUAUAUGUGAAUAGAAUAUAUAAUAUGGCCUAUGGUUUCGAACAUAGAAGAGUACCCGCUCAUAUGCCUCAUCUAAUAGAUAAAUGGAUCGUUGCUGAUAUGCAACAAAAAUUCGAGCACGAAUUUAGAAAAACAUCUAGCCAUAAAGUUAGAAACUCCGAGGAUAUGCAAUUUGCUUUCUCUUACUUUUACUUUCUAGCUAGUGAGAAACGGAAAGUACCAAUUGAAGAAAUAUUUGAUACAUUUGACACGGAUAAAUCAGGCACUUGGUCAGAUAGAGAAAUUAGGACUCUUUUAUCUAGACUUUAUCCACUUCCUCUUGAUUAUAGACUAGUCGUUGAAUUUGAAAAUGCAAUAACGAAUUGUUCAAAUCAUAUAAAAGUUACUAAAGUAUUAAAUCCACCGCCUGGAGAAAGAUAUUUGGAUUCAUCUCUUCCGAUUGUAACUAAGGAAUUGAUAGCAAAAUGUGAAACGGUUUCACGAAAAAUUAAAGACAAAUUCAGUCAAGAAGAACUUUACCCACACGAAAUAAUUAAAGCUGGAAAAAAUGAAAUAUUCGAAAUGUUAACAAGCAACGUGUCUUUAACAGUACAACUUUUAGACGAGAUACGUAGAAAUCCAAAAAAAUUUAUUUGCUUAAAUGAUGAUAUGGAUCCCCUUCGACAUUCUGAGAACGAAAUAGUUCGGGCAUUACUGAACGAUUUUUAUCGCUCACUCUAUCCAUUACGCAGUACUUUUGAAUUGCCUUUGCAAUAUCGAAAUCUUUUCACUCAUCGACAUAAGCUCCUUGAGUGGAGAACUAAUCAAACAAGGGCCAGAAAUUUGUUGUUAUGCCUUAUCCUUUUAUUACUUCUUACGACUUUCUAUCACUUAUUUUAUCAUCAAGUGCGUCGAUUAUUCAGAAUACGAGCACUACCCAUAUUACUCAUUUAAGUCUAAAGUACAAAUGCAAGAAUAGGAUAAAUAUAUUGAUAUCUUUUAAACAGGGCAACAUUUUCUAAACAUUUUAUGUGAUAUAGGAUUGUGUUUUAUACAGAUAAUUCCCAUGCAAAUUUGUACUAUUUUAGCAGAUAAUUCAUCUAUUUUAUUGUGUGUUUUACAUCUACAAGUCCAUCCACAAUUUAGAAGUGAUAUUUGAAGAAAAAAAAUACAAAUCUCUUUGUUUGUUUUAAAAAAUUCAUUUAGAAGGUAACAUUCAUUGCUAAGAAUCGAUACUUUAUAAGGUAUAUUGUAUAAUAAGGUAUGAACAAAUAGAUAUUUAGUGUCGCGUUAAAAUUAAGUAAAACGUUCCUGUGAUAUUGAUAAAGUACUGAUUGUCUUUGUUUGUUUCUCUCUUAAUAAAAUGGAAGAUUAGAUCUCAUAAAUUUUUCUCCAAGAUGAGUGUAUCAUGAUAUGUAUAUUAACUUUACACUGAGAUUUGAGAAGUUAUAUAAGAUUUAAAAAAUGUAUAGCAAUUUUAAAGUGUUAUUAGUUUAUAGUAUUUUAAUAUUUCUCUAUUCUAAUGUGUAGUACAAUUUUUUACUAGAAAAUUACCCGGUUAAUAAUUGUUGAAGAUAUGAAAUGUACCAAAUUUGUACUUACUGUUAAAAUAAUAAGGAUAUUAUCAUUGAAGUAGAAUGCCAUUAAACUGAAUAUCUUUUUAAUUUCGCAGUUUGUAUUUAUUUUAUUUUUAAUUUGAUUCGAAUAAAGUUAUACGUUAUUUCUU